AUGGCUAAGCAGUACGAUGUGCUCUUCCGACUCCUGCUUCUCGGAGAUUCUGGGGUUGGGAAAACAUGUUUGUUAUGCAGAUUCACGGACAACGAAUUUCACCCGUCUCACAUCUCCACCAUCGGAGUGGACUUCAAAAUGAAGACGCUAGUAAUAGAUGGUAUCAAAGUGCGGAUCCAGAUAUGGGACACUGCAGGCCAGGAAAGGUACCAGACCAUCACUAAACAGUACUACAGACGAGCACAGGGAAUCUUCCUGGUGUAUGAUAUCACGAGCGAGCGAUCGUUCCAACACAUCAUGAAGUGGGCCAGUGACGUGGACGAGUACGCUCCCAGCAAGGUCCAGAAGAUCCUCGUAGGGAAUAAGUCAGAUGAGGUGGAUAAGAGGCAGGUGGCCACAGAACAAGGUGUCAAGCUGGCCAAAGCUUAUGGAAUGGACUUCUUUGAGACAAGUGCCUUCACCAACCAUAAUAUAACGGAGACUUUCACACGAUUGGCUGAGCAGGUGCUGGCAGCCAAUAAAAAGGAUUUGGAUCUUCUCCAGAUGUCCAUGAAUGACGAGCUCGAUCUUGCUGCUCUGGAGGAAGAGGAGGGACUCUGCAACAGUGCGGCCGGCGACCAGGGCAAAGGUUGCUGGUGUUAA